GCAUGUAACGUGAAGUGAUUAACGCACUUGGUCUGUAUUGGGAGAAACCUUCGCAAGAGCCAGUCAUAGGAUAGGUGACAAGAAAUCUGCUUCAAAAUUCACAUCUACAAUCCGUAAUACACACCAAACCGCAGUAGGUCCGCGCGGUGGUCUAUUCACCCUGGACAUUACUAGGCUACUGAUGAUGACGAUGAUGAAGCGACAUAUGAAAAGCUACUCUACAAGUUCAGCAACUUUCUAUAGAACGACCGACCAAGAUCCUUCAUACUUCCGAAAAUGAGUCAUAUGGUUUCAUUUAAUUUUAAACCUUUUUAAAACUACAAAAUUUAAUACUUUAGCAAUAAACGCAUUAAGCAAAAUUAUCUUUUUCAGUUGACAACUCUAAAUCAGCUUCAAUAAAAAUUUAUUUUACAGCAGCAGUUUCCCGGUCAAAACGAGAUGCACAAAAUAGCACACGCGAUGGAAAACAAUUAUUCUUAUUCCAAACUAGAACGGCUGACGAAGGCGCUUUUGGUCAAGAUUGCGAGACAACUCUAGGCAAAAAAGGAACAUGCAAGGAAUUCCGCGAGUGUUAUCCUCUAAUAAAAGUGGUUGCCCUCAACGGUGGCGACGGGUGGGUUAUGGGUCAUUAUGACACUUGCAGUUAUAUCAGCGGUGAUAAUAUGGAGGUGUUCGGUGUUUGCUGCACAGAACCAGUUGGAACUCCGCCCCAACAAGAGCCAGAUGUCCAGCGACUAGGUAUCUUACCUCCUGCUAUCCCAAUGCAGUUACCACCACAAUUAUCCAGUUUACAUAGAGGAAUAUUAUCAGCCCUGUCUCCCGAGUGGGCUUUUGGAGCAGGUGGGUUAAACGUCCGCCAGAUACCUCCAGGAUGGCCGCCAGCAAUUCCGCCACUUCCCACGCACCCUCCAGACCACACUGCGCCUACGCAUCCCCCUUCGAUAAUUGCUGGCGUUACUACCAAGCCACCUACAAGUGUAAUGGCCACCACGUGGCCAACUAAACCACAAAUGACUACCAAACCUACAACUAAACAAACGUGGCCUCCGAUGUACCCAACUCAACCAAGCAGACCACCGACACAGCCUGCGGUGGAUGGUUCAUGCGGCAACAAAAAUAUUAGAAGCAUAGAGACAGAUGACGAGCGUAUCGUAGGCGGGCAGAACGCAGAGGUAAACGAGUGGCCAUGGAUUGUGGCUUUGUUCAACGGCGGCAGACAGUUCUGUGGCGGCUCUUUGAUAGACGACAGGCAUGUCCUCUCCGCAGCACAUUGCGUUGCACACAUGACUUCAUGGGACGUCGCGCGCUUAACGGCAAGAUUGGGUGACCACAACAUACGUAUAAACACAGAAACCCAACAUAUUGAAAGAAAAAUAAAGAGAGUAGUGAGACAUCGGGGAUUCGACAUGCGAACUUUGUACAACGAUAUAGCUAUAUUAACUCUUGACCAACCAGUAUCGUUUACUAAGAAUAUCAGACCAGUAUGUUUGCCAAGUGGGGGACGCAUGUAUACUGGUCAAACAGCGACUGUAAUUGGAUGGGGAAGUUUACGGGAGAGCGGUCCUCAACCAGCGACUCUCCAAGAAGUGACCAUCCCCAUUUGGUCAAACUCAGAUUGCCGCCUAAAGUAUGGUGGCGCCGCGCCCGGGGGCAUCGUCGACCACAUGCUGUGCGCUGGCAGAGCCAACAUGGACUCUUGCAGUGGCGACAGCGGCGGUCCACUAAUGGUGAAUGAAGGAGGUCGAUGGACCCAAGUGGGUGUAGUCUCUUGGGGCAUUGGUUGCGGCAAGGGACAGUACCCGGGCGUCUACACACGAAUAACCGCAUUCUUGCCUUGGAUCCAGAAGAACUCCAAGUAGAAACUCUUUCCACAUAAACUAUAUGCUUCCUUGAAAAUCGUAUCGGUUUACAUACAAAUCAAUCGUUUGAGAAAGACAACACGAACUUGCUUUUCUUAAUCAGUUGAUGCCUGUCCGCUUUAAAAUGGCCAUAUUUUGUAAUAAAACAAUUC